AUGAGUACAAAUAUAAAUAAUGAAGUGAAAAAUGUAUCAACUCCAGAGAAAUUGACAAAAUUGUCUAACAAUCCAAAAGCUCCUUAAAAAUUAUUAGGCGCAUCAAAUAGGGUGAAUGAAUCAGAUAUAAAAAAUGUUAAAAGAAAACUGUUUACAGACAAAGAAAAUGAAGUGAAUUUUAUUACAAAUUAAUUUAAUUGAAUAAUAUAUUAUAUGCUAGUCUUAUUACUUUUAAUUAAAUAGUGUUUAUAAUAGACAACUCAUCAUGGAUUUUGGUUUCAAUAUUUACCUUUCUCUAAUAUAAAGGCAUCAGGAAGUUUUAUUUUAAAUGAUAAAUCUACAUAUACUGGAUAAAAUAUAAUGGCUAACUACGAUUUUAUUAUAGGAGGAGAGUCUAAAAAAUUAUUUAUGUGGCUAUCUUUCAACUCUGUGAAUUUGAAUAUAACAGUGAGUGAUGCUGGAACGAUUACUAACUUAACUUAAGAUCCAAUAAAUUUUGAAGGAAUUUGGAAUUAUGCUUAUUUUGAAAGUUUGGAUGAUGGAUCAAAAUUAUAUAUAAAAGGUAGUAAAUUGUGGAGUGUUUAAUUAAAUACAAAGAACGUAAUCCCUGUAUUAAAUUAAUAUGGAAAAGUAAUUAAAAAAUAAAUUUAUUGUUUAGGUGAGUAACUUAAACUUUGAUUAUUUUCAUGGGAAAUACAGUAAAGUAGAAAUUUUCAUAAGAUCAGCAUUUAAAGAUGAUACUGAAUUUGAAUAAUAUUUUAUGGAAAAUUUUAAAAAUCCUUAGUCUUAUAACAAAACUGUUGUUGAUAUUUUUGAUGGAAUAAAAUUACUUGGCGAUACAUUUUACUCAACCCAAUUAUCUAUGUUAGGUCACAAAUAUUAAGUAAGAUGUUGGGUUAAAGUAAGUUAUGAAAAUGUUAUAGAGAGAUAGAGAUAUUUAUUGAUGAGAUUAACUUUGAAUGAAAAUUAUAGAAAUGAUAGUUAUUUAGGAGAUAGAGCAUUAUUAAUGAGUUAUAUAUUGGAUCCAAGUAUUAAUAAUUAUAAUUUAUUUAAUGUGAGUGUAUUGGCUUACGUAUAUCCAUAUCCUUAAUUAGCUUAUUAAACAAGAAGUUAAAAUAUACUUGUGAUUUAAAAUUCCACAAAUAGAGAUAGAUUUUAAAGAUGGCAUUAUAUAUACUUUUAAUAUUUAGUUGAAAAGACUUAUUUAAAGAUAAUAUAUCCAGAUGAUUAAGAAUUGAGUUAAACAUUUAAUGCAUUAUAAUUUCAUGAUUAAUAUGUUUACUUAUAUGUUGGAGCAGAUAGUUUUUUUUAUAAAAGUUAUUUAGGAGGAAAAAUAUAAUUAGAGAUAACCUAUAAUUAUUAGGAAGAAGAGUCUUAUGAAAUGAAAUGUCAUUAUUCAUGUUUAACUUGUAAUGGACCAACUUAAAGUAAUUGUCUAACAUGUCCUUAAGAUUCUUAUAGAUAAUAUAAAUUUGGAUUUUGUGCUUGUGAAUUUGGAUUUGUAGAUUUAGAUUUAAAUUAGAAGUGUAAUAAAAUGAAUGAAUUGUAUCCUAUAAUGAAUUAAAAAUUUUUAAAUAAUACUUUUAAGUGCAAAUAUGGAGAAUUCUUAAUUGAAUAAUAGUGUUUAUCUUGUCCAAGUUCUAUUAAUGAUUAUUAAUUAAAUUGUGCAGAUUGUUUACUUAAUUCAACAACUUGGUAUUUAAAUCCAGUAUGUACUUUUGAUUAUAAAAGAUAUUCCUUAACAUCAACUUAUGUCAAAUUUAAUAGAAAUGAAAGUUAGCAUGAAAUAUUUUUUAUUAAUAGUUAAUUAUUCAAUUUAGAACUAUGUUAGGGUUGUCUAAAAUAUUGUAAUGAUAUUACUAAACUUACUUGCAUUUAAUUUAAUCAUUUAUAUUUUAGUUGUAAGUAAGGAUAUUUUGUAUCAAGUAAUAUCUGUGAAAAAUGUAUAGACAAUUGUUUAAAUUGUUAUAAUAAUUAAACAUGUACAAAAUGUAUUUAAAAUUAUGGAUAUGAUGGUUCUAAAUGUUAAAAAUGCCCAAUUAAUUGUGCAACUUGUAAUUCAACUAUUAAUUGUUUGACUUGUUAACCUAGUUUUGCUUUGUUUAAUGGUACAUGUUUUGGAUGUGGAGCCAAAUGUUCAAUUUGUGAAUUCUAUUUUGAUGAAAUUAAAUAAUCUUUUAUUAAUAGAUGUUUAAAAUGUAUUGAUCCUCUUUUAUUUGAAAUUUCUUUUGAUGCUCUUAAAUGUUAAGCAAAUACAAUUAAAAAUUGCCUAUAUAGCAUCUCUUAAUAUUAUUUUGUUGAUUAUCCUUAAACCACCAUAGAUCUAUACUUUUAACCUAUGACAAUCAAUUCAUCUAUUACUAACAUUUGUGCUCGAUGUAUAUCUGGAUAUACAUUUUCUAAUAUAUCAUUUGUUUGUUACAAAUCUUCUUAACCAUGCUAAGAAUCAGGAUUUUAUUAUUAUGUUCACUCUUGUUUAAUUGGUGGAGAAGGAGCAACAUCUAUAUUAGGAUGUGAAUUAAAACUAUAAAACUGUUAUGAAUGUGUAAAUUAUCUAAAUAAAGUAAUUUGCUUAAAUUGUUUUCCUGGUUAUUAUGCAGAUCAUAUUGUUGGAACAUGCAUUUAAUGUCCUAAAUAUUGUUUAUCUUGUUCAUAAUAAUUUAAAAAAAAUAAGAGUAACUGGAAAAAAGAUAUUAGACCAUUUUUUGAAUUUUAUGUUAACAAAAAUGUUAAUCAUGAUUAUCUUACAUAUGUAGAAUCUUCUAAUCCAAAUGAUUUUGAAAUAAUCUGUACUGCUUGUUCCACUGGAUAUGAAGUAUAUAAUGACAUUUGUAUUAAUAAAUGUCCAUCAGAUUGUUUAGAAUGUUUAAUUAUUAAUAAUUCUAAAGUAUGUUCUAAAUGCUCUUAUUCAAGUAAUGGAUUAAUCCUUAGUACUAACAAUAAUAUUUGUUAUUAAUGUCAUAGUUUAUGUAAAUUUUGUGCUCCUGCUACAAAUAUCCCAAUUACUUAGUUCACAAAUUAAUGUUUAUUACCUGCUUUCGAAAAUACUCUCUUUGAUUCCAAUAUUUAUUAAUUCAGUAAUUGUUUGGAUAAAUCAAUGUGCUAAAUGAGUAUGUCAAUCACAUUAAAUUUAAUAUGUAUUAAGGAUCAAUAAACUUCAAAUAUAUUUGAUAUUCCCUAUAAUUAAGAAUCUGAUUUAUCUUUUAUUUUUUAAUUGUUGUAUUCAAAUGGAUUGUUCAAUUAUAUGAAUGAAUAAAAUGUAUAAAAUUUGGAUAUCUAUCUCAAAACAUAAACUUGCACUUUUCCUAAAAAUCUAGUCAUCUCUUAAGAAUUUUCAGCUAAUGUUUACACUUUGAAAAAUGUUUCACUUUUUAUAUUAGGUUCUUCAUCUAAUACAACUAUUUACUUUUCAGGAAACUUCUACAUUAAAGAAUUUCAUUCUAUUUGGAUUAAAAAUUUGAAUAUUAAUUUUACAGAUCCUUCUAUUAAAUUUAAUUUUAAUUUAGAAUUAAUUACUAUUGGUUUUGAAAAUAUUAAUUUAUAUGGAAAUGGUGCUAUUUAUUUUGAAUAUAUUCAUCUCCAUUCAUUCUCUAUGAUCAAUCUGAAUCUUUAUAACUUUUAAUUUUACAAUAUAGAAUCAAUACUUAAAGUUGAAUCAAUUAAAUCAAUUUUUAUCUAAAAUGUUAAAUUAACUAAUUUACUUAUUAAAAAUUCUACUUUAUUUAAAUUUUAAAAUGUUGAUGAAUUAACUCUUAAUUCUAUAACACUUGAAUCUAACUACUUAUAUAAUUCAACAUUAUUUGAAAUCAAUCAAAUAGCUAAAAUUGAAAAAUUUAUAAUAAAUCAGAACACUUUUGAAAUUUCAUUUGCUUUUCAAGGUUUAAAUUUUCAAUUCGACAAUCUAGAAAUUUUAAUGAAUUUAUUAAUGAACUCAUCUUCUGUAAGCUAAAGUCAAGAAUUAUAAUUUAGAAAUUCAAUUUUUGAAGGAAACUUCAUCACUUAAAAUAGUUAAUUGAUACGUGUUAAUCAAAAAACAUAAAUAUCUGAUAUUAUUUUGGAUCAUAUUUAAUUUUCUCUUAAUUCCAUAAAUUAUUCUUCAAAUUUUCUUUAUGUUGAAUCAAAGACUAUACUGUAAAUUUCAAACAUGAAAAUGAAAAUGCUCCCAAUUUAAGUUGAUGUCAAUUUUGCCUUUCAAAUAUUAUCAAAUUCUUUUAUUUUAUAUGAUAGUACAAUUAAAAUCAAUAAUCAAAUUAGUGCUAUUUUUGAAGCAAGUAAUUUAGAACUUUUUAGUCUCAAAAAUAUUUCAAUUAGUUAAUAAUAAUAUUUACCUGGAUUAUCAUAAAGUUUGGAUUGUAUUUCUUUAUUAGAUUCCUAAUAUCCAAUAAUUAAUUUAUUAAAUAUUAAAAAGGUAGAAUUUUAAAUGGUAAACUUUACUAAUAUUUUGACUUAUAAUCAACCUGUAAUAAAGAUAAGUAGUACUAAAUUUAAUUUUAAAGGCCUAAUUAAUAUAAAUGGUUCCAUAUUUUAAGAUUCAUUGAUCAUAAAAUCAACUAAUAAUAUUACAGUAGCAUUUAUAGUAAUAGAAUCUAAAAAUUCAAUUUCUAUCAAUUUUUCAAAUUCAUCAUUUUAAAAUACAAUCUAUAAAGAAUAUAUUGGAUUAAACACUUAUGGAACAUCUGCUAAUAAUUUCUAUUUUUUAGUUCCUUAGGGCUUUGUUUACUUUUAUAAUAAUAUAUUUAAAUAAAACUUAAUAAUUGAUUCCUUGAAUUCAAAUAUGUAUGUUUAAUGUUAAAAAUUUAUAAUAUUGGAUUGUUAAUUUAUGGAAAUCAAUAUAAUAAAUAAAUUAUUUAAUUAAGUGCUAUCAUUUAAAUAUCAAAAUUUAUAAUACAAAGAAUAAUUGGAACACGAUUUUAAAGUUAAGAGCUAUGGUGGAAUAGCUCAAAUUUAUGUUGAGGAAAUUUAAAUUCAUAACAGUUAUUUUGACACAUAUGUUGGCUAUAAAGGAGGAUGUAUGUAUGUAAUAACAUUAAACAACGGGAUUUUUAAAAUCUUGAACUCUUAGUUUAAAAAUGGAUAAGCAAUUAUUGGAUAAGUUGAAAGUUAAGGUGGAACCUUCAUUGUAGAUAGCAAAGGUUCUAAAUUGAAUUUUUAAAUCAUUAAUUGUACAAUUCAAAAUAGUUGGAGUUUUGAUAAGGGAGGAUUUGCAAUGAUAGUUUUAUCAGAUCUAUCCUCAAUCAUUUUUUAAAAUGUUUCAAUUUCUGAUGCUCAUUCUCUAUUAUCUUCAGUUUUAUCUAUUGAGUUAAAUGAUUUUCUAUAAUAGUAAUAUACUUUACAAGUUGUGGAUUGUUUAAUUCAAAAUACUAUAAAAGGAACUGAUGAUUAUCUUAAGUUAAUUUAAAUGAAAGAUCACAUCUAUAUAUUCACAUUUGAAGAUUAUGAUUCAGUACUUUUUGAAACAAAAAAAGGGAAAAUAAUAUUUAAAAAUUUAGUGCUUCAAAAUAUUAUUGGAUAUGGUUUCAUGACAAAUAAGUAAUCUUAUUCUAUCACAUUGGAUGGAGUAGAUUUAAUAAAUUUUUAUAUUUAGAAGAGACCUUUAAUUUUUUUUGAUCGUUCUCUUGGUCCAAUAAUUCUUACAAAUAGUCACUUUCAUAAUGUAUAUCAAAAUUAUACUAAGGUUUUAUGUGUUUUUUCUCUAUUUUAAUUAGAAGAAGCAAAAAAAUAAUGUACAAAUUAAUCAUACACAUUAUCUUCUGAACUAAAUACUUAUACUAAAUAAUGUGAUUAAAAUAUCAUUAUUUCUUAAGAUUAAUAGAAUUACAAUAUAUUCUAAAUAAUUUAAAUAGAAUCUGAAGUAUUAAUUAGUAAUGUCAUUUUUUCUAAUAUUUAAUGUGCUCAAUGCAACAUCUUUUAUAUUGAAACAAAUAAUCGAGUUGUAAUUUAGCAAACUAAAUUUUUGAAGAAUAUUGGUAAUAGUUCAAUUUUAAAUAUUCAAAAAACUUAAUAAAAUAGAUUACUUUUUACAUUUUAAGAUGAUUUAAUAACUAAUAUUGGUCAAAUAUUAAUAAAAGAUACUUUAUUUAUUUAAAAUUAAGCUAUUAAUGGAGGUGGCAUAUAUGUCUUUGGUUUUUCUAUUUCAUUAUAUUCUGUAUUAUUCUAAAAUAAUACAGCAAUAAUUGGAGGAGCAAUGUAUUUAGAUAAAGGAUCAUUAGAAAUGACAGAUUCAAGAAUUAUAGGUAAUGUUGCAGUAUCUGGUGCUGGAAUUUACUCAAAAAAUGCAUUAUCAUUUUAAGAAAAUAGAGGAAAUGUAAUUUUAGAUAAUUUAGAAAGUAAUACGAUAGGAUAUAUGUAAUCUUACCCAUAAAAAUUGGGUUUAUCAUUAGAUACAUUCGGAGUAUUUGAAAAUUAAUUAAGAUUCAAAAAUGAUACUUGUGUUAUUGAAGAAGUAAUAAAUGAAAUAAUGUUACCAAAUAAUGUAGAAAUAUAAAAUUAUAAAUAUUUAUCAGAAAACUUUACUGAACAUGGAAUAGGAAAUUAAUUAAAUUAUGUUUCUAAUUUUCAAGUUUAUGAUAAUUUAAAUUACAAAUUUCGAUUAAUCCCAUUGAAUGCAUUUAAUGAAAGAUAAUAUAAUUUAUCAAAUUCUUAAUGUUGUAUUCGAAGCAGAUUGAAAUCAAAUAAUAAUCAGAAUUUUUCAAUAGAUUAUUUAUCAAUAGAUAGAGUAUAUUUUAAUAUGACAACUUAAGAUUAUAAUUUAGAUAAUCUAAGAAUAUUAAUUAAGGAAGAUUUAUAAAUAGAAAUAAAAUGUGAUUCAAUAAAGAUUCCUAUAUAUGAUAGUUAAAAGUAGCAUAUAUUAGACUUUCAUGAUAAUUAUUCUAUAAUAAUUAAUGUAACAUCAUUUCCAUGUUAAAGAGGUGAAAUAUUAUCUAAAUAAAUUUGUAUUUAAUGUGUAUCUUAAACAUAUUCAUUAAAAUAGAAUAGUUUAAAAUGUUCAAUAGGGGAUUAAGAAAUGAUAGAAAGUGUAAUUCCAUCAAAUAUAGAAAUAAAACCAGCAUAUUGGAGACCAUAUUUUGAUAAUGAUGAAAUAUUUCCAUGUAUCAAAAGUCCUGAAAAAUGUUUAGGUGGUUGGACUGCAGGACCUGAUUCAUGUAUUUAAGGAAGUUUUGGAGCACUUUGUGAAACUUGUGAUAUUUAUAAUAUAAGAGGAUAAGGAUCAUUUUUUAAAUCAAAUAUGAAUUGCUUUUAAUGUUAAGAUUCUAAUCUUGCUUAUUUAUCUCUAUUAAUAGUUGGUUUAUGGACAUUAAUUUCAAUGGUAAUAUCUGUAAAUAGUUCCUUAGAAAAUUUAAAAUUAGAAUUACUAAGAACUAAAUUAAAAAGAGGAGGUUUUAAAACUUAUUCAGAAUAAUAAGAAUCAAGUUCAUUGUAUAAGAUGAUGUUUCAUUAUUUGUAGAUUAUAUCUACUUUAACUACUUUUUAAUUAUAAUUUCCAAAUUUAGUCAGCAUAGCUAUAGGUAGUGUAGGUUCUCCAACAAAAUCUCUCGAAAAUUCAGUUGAUUGUUUUUUGAUGACAAUAAAUAUGGAUAUUUUACAUUCACGAAUCCUUUGGAUUAUUUUAGCACCUCUCCUUUAUUUAUGCUUCGUAUUUUUUAUUUAUUUCUUUAUUAUUUUGGCAAGAAGAUAAAACUAUAAAAAAAGUGUAUCAUCAAUAAUAUUAUUUUAAACUUUUCUAACUAUGUAACCAAGUAUGAUAGGAGUAUUGAUAUCAAUAUUAGGAUUUCGUCAAAUUUCAGGAUAUUAUUGGGUAAUUGGUGAUGUUUCAUAUAGAUAUGAUAAAAAUUUCCACUUUUCAUCUAUUUUAGCAUUCCCAAUAUUAUUUUCCCUUUUUAUUAUUUUUCCAUUCCUCAUGUUCAUCAAAUUAUUUUAAAAUAAACACUCUUUAAAUAAGAUUAAAUCUACAUGGGGUUAUUUAUUUUCUGAAUUUAAUGAAAAUGCAUAUUUUUGGGAGUUGGUUAGACUGGGAAUGAAAAAUUUGGUUAUUAUAAUAAUAACAUUAUUUGAUUAGUAUAUUGUACUAAAAGCUACUAUGGUAUUUAUAUUAAUUUAAGCCUAUUAAUCUUUAACUAAAUCAUAUUAACCAUUUAAAACUAAGAAUUUAAAUUAAAUGGAAGAUUUUGGAUCUAAAGUACUAUCAAUAAGUGUUGUUCUUGGAGCAUCUUCUUAUUAGAUGUUAUAAACAAUAAUGAGAAACUACAUCUAUAUAUUUUAUGUAAUUAUUUUAGAAGUUAAUUGCACAUUCUUAUACUAUAUUUUUAGUAAGAUUAUUUAAGAAUAUACUUACAAAAAUAAAAUUUUAAUAAAUAAAAUAAAAAACUAUUUAAAAAUUAAAUUUCCCAUUUUGAUAAGAUUGCCUAUUUGUAAAAAUAUUUUCUAUUCUAAAUAAAUGAAUGCAUCUUCAAUUAAGUUUAGAAAAGUUGCAAGGGCUCUUAAAGAAUCAAUUCAAUCAUAAAGAAAAAAGAAUUUUAUGGAUUUAUAAUAAGAUGAAUCUGUAUUACAAUUAUAAAGUCCAGAUCAACUAUUUAAAUCAAAAGAUUAAAAACAUGGUAUUAAUUGUUCUGGAUCAAUAAUGUUACUAACUGAUUAAAGAGAAUCAAAAUUAUAAAGUAGAAUGAUAACUGAUAGAUAUGGAUUAUAAAAAAGUAGCGGAGGUCAUUUUUAAUGA